CCAGGAAGGAAGUGUGUCUGUUGCUGACAAGAUAAUCCACUGCCAUAACAGAAGUUAUCGUCAUUAUACAGUACAUCGGAGAACGUACGUCUACAGCGAACAGACUUGCUGCAGGUAGAGCCCCAGCCAACGUCUGAACAUGCCAACAGAGUGAAGACUCCUCCCUAAAACCUACCGUCAUCGGCUGGCUGCUGAAGCAAACCGAGCAAGGGAAGCAGGUGUUAGAACUGCAUCGGCAAUGGGCCGUCCUACAUUCUGUAUGGUACUCCUCGCAGUCGUUAGUCACAGUCAUGGCUUGGAAACAAACCCACUUUACAGAUCCAAAAGGAUCCAGGAAAGUGCCGGAUCAGAUCCCAGUGAAUGUUCUUCAAGGACAGAUCAGCCACAAAUCUUACCAAACUCUGACCUCUCUGUGGCUCUUCGGAUGCCCGGUGUCAUCCCUGCUGAGUCAGACACUUACCUGUGUAUGGCUUUUCCUGUGCCAACUAGUCAGGCUGCAUAUGUAGUGGACUUCAUGCCUCAGGCUAGCAUGAACACAGUUCAUCACAUGCUGCUGUUUGGCUGUAAGAACCCUGUCAGCACCAACAACUACUGGGACUGUGGCAGUUCGCAUGGCACUUGUAAGGAUGAAGCCUCCAUUUUAUAUGCCUGGGCUCGCAACGCACCCCACACCAAACUACCAAAAGAUGUUGGUUUCAAAGUUGGACGAAAUUCAGGAGUAUCUUACUUUGUGCUGCAGAUCCAUUAUGGAGAUGUUCAUGCUUUCCAAGAUCACCACAGGGAUUGCUCAGGACUCACCUUAAGAAUGACAUCCAAACCGCAGCCGUUUAUUGCUGGUAUAUAUCUGCUCAUAUCUAUGGACACUGUCAUCCUUCCAGGAAAAAGAGUUACAAAUGCUGAUGUUGCCUGUGAUUACGCUUCUUAUCCCAUCUACCCAUUUGCCUAUAGGACCCACACACAUCGCCUGGGAAAAGUGGUUAGUGGCUACAGGAUCCGAAACGGAGAGUGGAGCCUCAUUGGGAGACAGUCUCCACAACUACCACAGGCUUUCUAUCCGACAAAUCAUGACGUGGAUGUGAAGUACGGUGACAUGCUCGCAGCCAGAUGUAUGUUCACUGGUGAAGGCAGAACCGAAGAAACAUACAUUGGUGGCACCUCUGAUGAUGAAAUGUGCAACUUCUAUAUCAUGUACUACAUGGACAGCAAACAUGCCAUUCCUUACAUGAGCUGCAUGGAGCCUGGUCCUGCCAAACUGUUUCAGCACAUUCCACCUGACGCUAAUAUCCCCAUCGCUGUCAGUCCCGAUCACAUGAACUCCAUGAUGCAUAUGGGAGGACACUCAAGUGCAACAGGUCACAAGGACAGCACAUCAACGUCGGAUUCAACCAGUGAAGCGCAGCUUCUCAAUCAGGGUGACCUAUUUUCUCUAAUGUCCAAGCUGCUAGGCCAGAGCAAGGAUGUAGUACAUAUUCCUAAGUACAACCCCAGCCAAAUACAGAGGGUCCAACCUGAGCUGGUGGCUCAGAUUCAUAGCUUAAUACAAAAGAAAAACCUGGGCUCUCCCAGCACUUCACUAGCCUUCCAAACCAGCAGGGAUCCUAUUUUGAUGAGAAACAGAGUGCACAAAUUCCAUCAGCUUGAAGCAACGCCAAAGUUACCAAAAAGCAAGCUGCCAUCUCAAAGACAAGAUGUUCAUCUAGAGCAGAAUCCAGCUUGGCCACAGAAUUCUCUCCAGCUGGGACAGGUCUCAGGCCUUGCCAUCGAUUCGGAUUCCAAUUUGGUCAUUUUUCAUAGAGGUGACCACCACUGGGGGCCACACUCUUUUGACAGCCAAGCUGUAUACCAGCAGAGGUUCUCUGGCCCGAUUCAGCAGUCCACUAUUCUGGUUGUGAAUGCUGACAACGGCAACAUCCUCAAGGCUUCUGGAAGAAAUAUGUUUUACUUACCCCAUGGAAUAACAACAGACAGGGACAAUAACUACUGGGUAACUGAUGUGGCUCUUCAUCAGGUUUUAAAAGUGAGCAGUGAUGGCAAUGACAGAACGUUGCUGUCACUGGGCGAGCCUUUCGCAGCAGGAAGUGACCACAACCACUUCUGUCAGCCCACCGAUGUGGCUGUCGACUACCAAACUGGGAACAUUUUUGUGUCUGACGGCUACUGUAAUGCCAGGAUACUGAAAUUUUCUGCUGAUGGCAAAUACCUUUCUGAGUGGGGAGCUGGCUCAUCAGACAGGAGGAAGCGUAUACCCUUUCGGAUCCCCCACAGCCUGGCCUUUCUCCCUGAGAGAAACGAGUUGUGCGUGGCUGACCGAGAGAAUGGACGCAUUCAGUGCUUCACAGCUCAAACUGGAGAGUUUGUCAAGGAAAUCAAGAAAGAGGAGUUUGGCGGCAGCGUCUAUGCUAUCGCCUUCCUUCCUGUUGGAGGUGAAGAUGGCCUCAUCUUUGCAGUGAAUGGGCAAUCUUUGUAUGGACACCCCCCUCCUCCAAGUGGCUUUGCAAUAAACUAUUCAACUAAGGAUAUUGUGGAUACCUUCAUCCCAAAGAAAAGGGAGUUUCAAAUGCCUCAUGAUAUUGCUGUCAGCAAAAAUGGCAGCAUCUUCGUAGGGGACGCAGGCAGCAACACAGUCUUCAAGUUCACCGCUGAGAAGGCACAUCGUUCAGUCAAGAAAGCUGGAAUUGAAGUUGAAGAACUUGAACAAAUUGAGACAUUUAUCCAAACCAAGGUGAAGCCAGAGAAGAACAUGUCUAAGACAGCAGCAGUCCAAAAGAAGCCUCAGCACCUUCAGACACAGCAAGAUGAGAAGAAAAAGAAAGUGUCGAACAAAGAGCAAACUCUCCUUCCAGUCUUCAUCUCAGUGCUCCUGCUGCUCCCUCUUGUGCUGCUCAUCUCCAUAGGAGUCUUCUUCUGCUGGAGGAAAAACCACCGACGAGAAGAUGUGAAGAUGGAACCAAGCUCUGUUGGAGGGAUCUUGGAAAAAAUCCGAGGUAAAGCAGUUGGCAGCCUGAACCUGGGAAACUUCUUUGCUUCCCGUAAGGGUUACAGUCGUCAGGGCUUCGACCAGCUGAGCACUGACGGAAGUGACCAGGAAAGGAACGAGCAAGAGAGCAGCGAGUCGGAGAAUGAGGAAUACUCCGCUCUCCCAUCUCUGCCUCCACCCUCCUCCUAAGACACACGCAACCAAUCAGCAAGCUUCUGCUUUCACGGUCAGUCAUCAUGGUGUAACUGUUGUGUUAGCUGCCAAUCUUAUUGUGGACAUAUUUAAGUAUGGACUGUACAGAAAAUGUUUUUACUCAGCCGAUUGAUUUCACCUUCAUUUGCCCAUGAGGAUGAAGAUAACACAACGCUGGUGUCACCAUUUCAUUGCAGAUUCUGCUGAACUUUUAUUUCACUUUUUAGACUUUGGGAACUGAAAUGUUUUUAAUGAGAUUUGUACAGUGGCCAAGAAGUGCAAAACAUUUUAACAAACAGCAAAGCACAUUACAGUUACCCAAAGCGGAAGGGAUUUACAGGAACUGAUAACAUUUUGGGACAUUUCCUUUGGCUGGGAAGUGCAAAAUACUUAAACCGUGAAAUGCUGACAUUUCAGAAAACAAAUUAAUAUUUCAGAAAUCACAUUCACAAAAGGCGAAACAAAUGAGCAUUUAAGUUGUAUUUAUUUAUGUGUUACGUAUAUGCGUGGGCUGUUUACGUUACGCUCGGAUUAAAACCGGAGGAACAUCUACGCUGGUGUCUAGGCAAAGCAAUGCACAUUUUUUAGGUAAGGGUGGUGUUCGCCUUGUUUCUGAAAAUUUAACAAUGUAACCCCAUGGAAAAACAGUGCAGUAAAACGAAGGACACAUACAAGAAUGUAUUCAUGCAGACGGACUUGGUGUAACAACUCAGAUAGACAUGUUAGAAGCAUCAUUUUCAUCUGCUACAUUUACUAUAUCUGAUGCAUAAGAUGUUUGAUUGCCUUGUUUUCAACUAUUUCAUGCCUUUAAGCAACACACCAUGCACACACACACACACACACACACACACACACACACACACACAAAAUGCAGCGUUAUUGGCCUCCAUUGCUGUCUACCUGAGAUUUGGUAUAUUCCCUUUCCACUUUGUGUGAUUGUAAUUUGUUUCUGGUUUUUUUUCAUGGUUCCUGAAAUGCUCAUUUGUUUUGCCAUUGGUUAAUUUGUUUUAUGAAAUGCUGGUGUUUUGGUUUGUUAAAGUUCUUUUAUAUUUC